CUACCGGAAGUCCUGGUGACGGAAUAGAUAAUGACUGUGACGGACUUAUUGAUGAAGAACAUUGUUCGGAUAGUGCUGUACCGGGCACUAUUGAUUAUGACAUCGAUGGCAGGCUACACGAAGAUUGCGCUAAUGGAACACACACAACACUGCGUGUUCUAGACCUGUCGAUUCCAGAUGCAAUGGUUUCUUGUAACUCAUCUUCAGUAAACGUCAGUGUGGGACAUAAUGACACAGAUGGUGGUAUCGUUAUAAGUGGCACAAACUCUACGGAUGAUUCUGCAGAUAGCAUAGGCCCAGCCAUCCAAGUAUCAGGGUCAGCACCAUCAUUUGAACCAUUAACAGUCAUUGGUGCAGACAUAAACAUGGACGGAUUGUCCGAUUUACCAGUAGAAACGUGCCGUACAGAGUGCCUAUGUCCGUGUGGAUGGGUGACGGUGCCACGGAACUAUACGCAGGAGGAACUUGAUGAGUCCGUUGUAGAAAUACAGGAGAAAUUAAAAGUGAAGGAAAACGAACUCAGUGCAGUGAUUCGUACGAAGACAAGCGCCACCGACGACAGGCCGUCGGCUACUGCGGUAGGGGUUGUUGGUUUAGUCUUUCUUAUUGCGGCAUUAGGGUCGAUUGCUCUGUUGGACUUCGCCGCCUUGAUUAACGACAUACGGAUUCUUUGUAGGACGAUCAAAGCAUUCAUAACGUCUUAAAAUAACACGCAUUAAGACAUUUCAAUGCUUAUUUUUAAAGUAUAAGAAAAGGAUUUAAAUGCUAAAACUUUUUGAAAUGAACA